AUCCUGCAGGGAAGGAGUCUAUUGCGAUGGGAAGGGUGAAGUUAUAGACACGUGACGUGCCUGCCAAACGCGCUGCCUGCUGACCACGCGCCCCCGCGUUUUCGCGACUGCAUCGCGCUGGCGAUGGCCUCGACGUCGCCAGUCUCGCCACCCUGACCAUGCCUCCGCCCACAACGAAUUGCACCGAACACCAUCUACCCGCCAUAUCGGACACACCCCAAGCGCCGAUGUUGCUCAUACGAUGCCGACCCAUACGCCCUCCCCGCACCGCUUCCUAGCGCCCAAUCCGCCUUCCACACAGAAGACCAAGAAACCCCAAUCUGGCCUGCGCAACGCCCUCGCUAUACAGACACCUGCUUCUACAAAGAAGACUCAACCAAAGCCCGAGCUUCAGUUCAAGAACUUGACUCCUGCGAAACGCUUCGUCUUUGCGCCGCCUCGGCAAACACAUGAAGGCACCAAAGAGGGGCGCGAUGAACCGCAAGAAGAUGCGUUCGCACAUGCUACACCGCUCCCAAAGCUUCGGAGGAAGUUCGAAAGAGUGGAAAGCAUAGAGGAACCAUCGCAGUCAAGCCAAUCAGAAGCGCAAGAUGAGCUGCACGGCGAAGAUGUCAUGCAAUCCAUCGAAGACGGGGACAUUCAGCCCAGCCACUGGGAAGGACAGGGUGCAGACCAAGAAGAUGAGAUGCUAUUCGAAUCAGUUCAAACGAGCAAGCGUCGCCGCAUGUCCCCCGGGAGCUCUCCAACUCUCCAACGACCGUCUGAGCCCUCCACACCAGCCCCUGUAUCCAAUUCAACGACGCACCGCUUCAAGGUCCCGCCGCCACGGACGCCCGCGCCCUUCCCCAGUAUUGCAGUGGUGACUUCCACACCGGCGAGUGCACCGCAACGUCCUCACUUCAUACUCCCUGCGCUUCCCACAUCGCCUCCGAAGCCUUCUCGUCCGCUCCCUGAGAUCUUUUCACCUUCGCGAAAAAAUGGCAAAUACAUACCUAACGGCCUUGCCUCGACUGUCACGACAUGGAUGAUCGAGACGGCAAAUACAGGUUUCGCGGCACAGGAUAGAAGCGGCGCUGUCUCUGGUCGUGAGAUGGAAGACGGCGUGAGGCUGCGUAUACGGGUUUUGAGUCUGUCGAGGGGCGGAGGUCGAAGCCGUAGCGCAGACGAAGUGGAGUGCUAUGCAGGUGGAGUCGUGUUCGCUCGCGGAGAUACCGAGGCUGGCAUGUAUAACGCGUCAAGAGCAGAUAAUUUGAGCGGUGAACAUAUCGCGUUGAGAGUCUUACUAGCCGGCCAAGGUGGUGCUAGAGGCUCAGGAGGUGUACUGCUUAAGACUGCUAGUGUAAUCGGUAUUCGCGCACCAAUGUGGGACGUUAAUGUGGGCGAGGAGAGGUGGACGGUGGCUGUGGACUGGGUGCUACUCUAAACUCUGGACGAGACGUGCUCUUACGAUUUGAUGACUGAUGAACGAUACCCAAUUUCAUGGAAACACGACAAAUUACAGAUCGAUAUGCAAGGAAUCUAAAUCAUUUAUAAGAGAGGAAACACCCAAGUUCACAGACGUCCAUCCCUCAAAACACCCUUGAGUGAUUAUUCUCACAUGUCCCUAGACUUGGGUGUAGUUUGCUAGCCGCUGCCAAAUGGUUGCCUUGAGCCCACGUUG